UUUUUUCUUUUCAGAGUACCAUUUUAUACACAAAUUUGCCAUCUUCAACAGCCCCGUGUGGGUCCACCGCCGACGCCUUCGCCGUCCACAAAACCCAAUCACAGGCAACCGGAAAAAAAAUCACAGAAAACUCCGAUCGACGACGACUACGCCGGUGGACGGCGACGGCGGAGAAGUACCUUCAUCGUAUAGAUCCACCAAUCAAAGCCUCCUCGGCGCCAAUUGGAAGAAAACAAGUCUAGAUUCUAUAAGUUUCCGGUAGAUUAUCAAAUCUCCGUUCGUUUGGUUGUCUAUAUCUCAAUUAUCUUACCAGAUGAACGAAGUGCUUACAGCUUCCGAUGCAUCUUCAAGUGCGCGGUCGUAUUCGUCGUCGAUUGCACCUGUCAAUGUUCCCCUCUUUUCGGCAUUACUUGCCUGUGCUAUUGCACAAUUUCUCAAGCUAUUCACCACCUGGUACAAGGAGAAGAGAUGGGAUUCAAAAAGGAUGCUUAGCUCAGGUGGAAUGCCAUCAUCACAUUCAGCAACAGUUACUUCACUGAUAAUGGCAAUUUAUUUACAGGAAGGAGCUGGAGGAUCUGUCUUCGCGAUUGCUGUGGUUUUGGCAUGUGUUGUAAUGUAUGAUGCUACUGGUGUUAGGCUUCAUGCUGGGCGCCAGGCUGAAUUGUUGAACCAGAUAGUGUGUGAAUUGCCUCCCGAGCAUCCUGUUGCCAAUGUUAGACCUCUGCGAGAUUCGCUUGGUCACACUCCCCUUCAGGUUCUUGCCGGUGCAGUGCUGGGAUGUGUAGUGCCAUUACUGCUGAGAAGCUCAAUCUAGAGUUCAACUUUAUCAUCUCCCUUCAAAUACUCAGUAAAUAUCGAAAUGGUUCUAAGCUAUGAAAGCUGGAAUCAAAAUCACUACCAAGGGAAAAUUUUAUGUGAAUUUAUCCUUUCUUCACCUUGUUGGUGGGUUGGGAGAGGGGGUAGUGUGUAUGUAUUGUUCGUGAUUGUGACAACUCAAUCCCCUGUACUUUUUAGUUUAUUAUCCAACUUUUAAGCCAUUUAUUGAUAAUUAUUAUUGUUGAAUACUAGCUUGAUUACUUAUAUGCAUCAAUCCUCAAAAUGAAUGAGAAUUUGAGACGAAAA